AUGUCUGUGCUCAAUACACUCGACACCUGGACUCUCGCUUUGGUGGUGCUGACCUUUUCUGGCACCCUCCUUUACAUCGCGUAUCCAGACCGUCUCGUCACGACCAACGCUCGCCCGGACCUCCCAGGACCGAAGGGCCAUCCCUUGGUGGGAAACUCUCUCCAAGCCAUCCCGUGGCAGACUCGUAUUCUAGACUGGUUCAACCAUCUCCUGUCUGACUAUGGGCCCGCUUGCACCUUUACCAUCCUACCAUGGGGGAGAGGCAUACUGAUUAACCGCCCCGAAUGGCUUGCUCACAUAAAGCAAGCUGAUAUGAAGAUGUACUCUCGCGGCCCAUACGCCAAUAAGAUCUUCCACGAGUUCCCCGGAGGAAGAGCCCCCGUGGCAUCCGAAGGCGCACAGUGGCGGCUCGCACGAAAAUCGAUCUACCCAAUCUUCACAGUCAGAUCCUUUACUGAUCAUGUCUCGCAUGCUAUGAACGAGAUAGUACCUAUUGCUCGCGCGCUGCUACUUAGCGCUAGCAAGAAGGGCGUGCCCAUAGACUGGAGCGACUUCGCGGGUCGUAUUGCGAUCACCAUCUUUACUCGUUCCCACAUAAACGAAAAGACGAAUAUUCUGGAAGGGGACGUUUCGUGCUUGGACCGUGAUGACCCACUCCGAGAUGCGUUAGUAACGCUCAACCAGAUUUCGGCCAAACGUCUUUUCAAUCCCGUCUGGCAGUGGUCAGAAAUACUGUCGGGAGAGCGUUGGCGCUUCAACCACGCUCGCUCCUUUAUCCGCAGGCGGGUAGAGGAUAUAUGGGUGGAUCGCCUGCGAGAGGAAGCAAUGGCGAUCAGGGACCCAACUCGGGAGGCAGAAUACUCUGAAGUCGCACGCUACCACGUCCAUCUAGCAGUAUUCUACGAAACGGUUCGUCUAUGGCCAGGGCUACCGAAGAACGCUCGGUUGGCUCUUCAGGACGAUAUACUCCCAGCUCUCCCAGAGCAUAACCUCCCUGCGGUCAAAGUAGAGAAGGGAGACUAUGUCUUCUGGUCAGACUAUCACAUGAUGAGGAACGAAGAUGUAUGGGGACCAACGGCACACUUGUUCGACCCCGGGCGCCACCUCGAUGCCGAGGGACAUUUCGUGAAGCCAUCUCCGGCCAAGUUCAACUGUUUCGGCGCUGGACCGAGAUUCUGCCCUGGGCAGCAGCUUGUCAUGUACGAGUUCAUCGCUUGUCUCUCAGGCAUACUCCCGUACUUCGAUUUCGCGCCUUCCAAGGGCGCCACCGCAUCUGGCUUGAUUUACCAGAAGCCAGAGCUCGCUGAGUCCUUUACUGCCUCGUUGAACGUUCCGCUCGUGGUAGAUGUUCGUGCCCGCGAUACUCUCGAGGUGCUUGAAGGCCGUUUGUGA